AUGUCUAGCCAAGUGGGGGCGGCCCCCCCGCCGGAAGGCGUAGUGCCCAAUUUCGAAAACCCAACGGAUGUCUUGCACACCAUCAAUCUCGUGUCACAGAUACUGUCUAUCAUAUCUGUCAGCCUUUUUAUGAUGAUUCGCUGCUAUGUGAAAUGGGCCUUGACACCGCCAUUUCAGAUUGAUGACUGCAAGGAUGGCCCUCGUGGCGUGGUGCAACACUUUGGUGGAGGAUAUCACGUUUACGAAAUCUCAAAGGAGAGCCUCGUCGGAUUCAAGAAGCUUACCCUACUUCUCAUCGUCACGAGGGUUUUCAGAACCUAUAAGAAGACAGUGAUAGCUACCUACGCCGUCAUCGUCUUCAUGGUUGGAUACUACGCGCCUGUCCUUGUAAUAAAGACACUCAUCUGCCGUCCCAUCGCCGGCUUCUGGGAUCCGGACCUACCGGCGGACUGCUUCAAUCAGCGUGCCGUAUUCGUCGCGGACACUGCCGUCAGCGCCGUGACCGACCUCGCAGUCUUGACCAUCCCGAUACCCGUAGCCGUAACGCUCAGAAUGUCCUGGUCGAAGAGACUGAAGGUACUCGCCAUGCUUAGUGCGGGAGGGUUAGCCACGGCGGCGAGCAUUGUCCGCAUGAUUCUUGUGGUACAGCUGCAGAAGUCGAACGAUGAGCCGGUGGAUUUCAUCCGUUUCAAUCUUCUCGGGUUGGUCACCCUCAACCCUAGCUCGGAUUACUAUGGAGAUCCAGCUAACCGUAACAUCAGAACAGCCGAAGUAAGCAUCGGCAUGAUCUGCGCGUGCCUUCCAGCUGUCAACAUUCUGGUAAUGCGCAGGUGCGACUUCACACCGAACUCAAGCCGGGCUACGAGAAACUUCUUUGCGCCCAUUGAGUUGAAGUUUUUGAAGGGAAGCAAGCUUCAAACGCAGCACCUGACAGGCGUCUUGAGGACGAGUGAGCUGGGCAUGGAGUCUUCGUCGGUCAACCCCUCCGAGCAGGUUUCACAGGGAACACAGGUAAUGCAUGAGCCGAGAGACUUUAUCUUUCCGUUUGAGAGGCUGAGCCGGAUUGGAUCGGUACCACUGCGAAACCCAGAGUCGGGGAGACCAGAUAGUUGGUAUACAAAGGUUACUUCGCCGACAUUUUCGGGUCCUUCAUCACCAGAAUGGGCUCGGAAAGGUGCUGAUGAGGGGAUACGGCACUUAGAAUCGGGUGAUAGACGGGAUACUUAG